AUGAUGAAUUCCACACAGGUUUUAUAUUUCACUCUGAGUGCGUACCUUGACAUUGGACCUUUGAAAUAUCUGUACUUUAUAAUCAUUAUGUGUCUGUAUGUUCUGAUCGUUGGUUCUAAUGUUCUGCUGAUCGUGGUGAUCUGUGUGAACAGGAGCUUACAUGAACCUAUGUACAUGUUUCUGUGCAGCCUGUUUGUGAAUGAACUGUAUGGCAGCUCAGGCUUGUUUCCUUUCUUGCUGGUUCAGAUCCUCUCUGAUGUUCACACAGUUGCUGCUCCUCUCUGCUUCCUGCAGAUCUUCUGUGUUUACACUUAUGCAUCAAUUGAAAUUUUAAAUUUGGCUGUCAUGUCUUAUGACAGGUAUGUCGCUAUCUGUUUUCCUCUGCAGUAUAACACCACAAUGACUGUUAAAAAGGUUGCUUUGCUCAUUGUCCUCACGUGGAUUUUCCCUUUUCUGGCCAUUGUGGUUCUGAUCUCACUGAGUGCACCCCUGCAGCUCUGUGGGAACAUUAUUGAUAAGGUUUUCUGUGGAAAUUACUCCAUUGUCAAACUGAGCUGCUCUAACAUCAGCAUUAACAACAUUUAUGGACUCAUUUUCACAGUCAUCUCCAUAGUGGUUCCUCUCAUUUUAAUCCUUUACACCUACGUAAAGAUUCUGGAAGUGUGUUUUUCUGCGACCAAACAGACCCAACAGAAAGCUAUCAGCACCUGCACUCCUCACUUGGCUUCCAUCUUGAACUUUUCUUUUGGCUGCUGUUUUCAGAUACUGCAGAGCAGGUUCGAACUAAGCAGAGUGCCUCCUAUGUUGGACAUCGUCCUAUCCCUGUACUUCCUGACAUGCCAGCCGCUCUUCAACCCGGUGCUGUACGGCCUGAAAAUGACCACGAUCCGGGAUGCGGGUAAACGUCUGUUAUGUGGAGAAAAGUCUCGUCUUUCAGCAGAGCCAUUCAAUUGAGUGUUUCAUACUUGAGAACCUUCCUGAAGACUCUCGUCUGUGUUGGGCCUAAUUUUAAUUGUGUUACAGGCAUUCAGGUUAGAUGUUUUUUCUUCAAUGAAACAUAAUGUACAGUUUGUAGAAGAACUAUAGCUGUUUAUAGCAUUGAUGCUUUUCUCUCUGUACUGAAUUUAUGUGCAGAUGUUUUAACAUUAAAUGUAUGCAUUGGAUUUGGUUGUCUGUCCUGAUGUUCACAUAAUGGCUUCCUACACAGUCCUCAGAGUCUUCAAUUUGUUGUUAUCAUUUUUUAGAUCUGGAUAAACAUGGACAAAACAAAAUGAAGUGCAGAAAAUGUUUUCCUACUUCCAUUCUCUGAAAGACAA